AAGCUAUCUUCACAAUCUGAGAAAGCAAAACUCAAGACUCUUUUCUCUCUACUUUUGAAUUGAGAUUCAGUAUUGAAGAACAAAAAAUGGGAGGUGGUGGUAAUAUGACAAUGGAAAGAGAAGAAAAGAAAAAUCCUCUGGAAAGAGUUCCAUCUUCAAAGCCGCCUUUUACAAUUGGAGACAUCAAGAGGGCCAUCCCUCCCCACUGCUUUGAGCGAUCUCUUAUUCACUCCUUCUCCUAUCUUAUUCAGGAUCUCAUACUUGUCUCCAUCUUUUAUUACAUUGCGACCACUUACUUUCACCUCCUUCCAUCCCCAUAUAGUUAUCUUGCAUGGGCUACUUACUGGAUUGCUCAAGGUUGUGUUGGCGAAGGAAUAUGGAUCCUUGCCCAUGAAUGUGGCCACCAUGGCUUCAGUGAUUACCAAUGGGUAGAUGACACUGUUGGUCUUAUCCUCCACUCUGCACUUUUAACACCAUACUUUGCAUGGAAACAUAGUCAUCGUCGUCACCAUGCCAACACUGCUUCCCUUGAGAAUGAUGAAGUCUACAAACCAAGACUUAAAUCAAAAGUAAGAUGGUACUACAAAUACUUGAACAAUCCAGUAGGACGAGUCCUCAUACUUGCCUUCACCCUCACUUUUGCCUGGCCUUUGUACUUGGUCUUCAAUGUCUCCGGAAAAAAAUAUGACCGUUUUGCAAGUCACUAUUAUCCUUAUAGCCCAAUAUAUACCGAUCGUGAGAGGUUACAAAUCUACAUUUCAGAUGCAGGUGUCAUUGCAACUACUUAUUUGUUGUAUCGCGCUACUUUGACUAAAGGGCUAGCUUGGGUUGUCUGCAUCUAUGGGGUACCCCUCCUUAUUGUCAAUGGCCUUGUAGUCUUUAUCACUCUUUUGCACCACACUCACUCCUCAUUGCCACAUUAUGAUUCAUCUGAGUGGGAUUUUCUAAGGGGAGCUCUAGCUACAGUAGAUAGAGACUAUGGUUUCCUAAAUAAGGUAUUCCACAAUGUUACAGAUACACAUGUUUUGCAUCAUAUAUUUCCAUACAUAUCACAUCACAAUGCAGUGGAGGCAACAAAAGCUAUGAAACCAUUGUUAGGAGAAUACUAUAAAUUUGAUGAUACUCCAAUUUUAAAGGCAAUGUGGAGGGAUACAAAGGAGUGCAUCUUUGUGGAGAAAGACAAGGAUAAAGGUGUUUAUUGGUACAAGAACAAGCUUUGAAACUUGAAUACCAACAAGUAUUCAUUCACAAUUGCUUAAACAAGUUUGUACUAUUAAUGUUUGUUUUACUUGUCACUACUGUAUUUAUUGUUAUCCCAGAUCCCACGUUGUGGAAUUUCACUGGGUUGUUGUUGUUGUACUAUAUCUAAUGUUACGUAAUAAAAUAAAUAUCUAUCUAUGUAACAAUGAAUUAAUUUGGUGUGAA